CGAAAAGGAGUGCUCAAGUGGUAUGCGUUUCCUGUCUGCUGUCGAUAGUUGAACACACAGCUGUAUAGUAUGCAUGAAUGCGUAUAUUCGUACAAAGUACAAUUUGGCGGAGCCGAGCAACGGUACUAUAAGGACAAUAGUAGGACAAAUUUUUGGUACAGUUGCACUGCUAGUAAUGUUUAGAUGAAUUGCGCUAUUAGAGUUACUAAUAUUAGUAUAGUCGUCGUAAAUCCUUCCAAUGCUGAGUAUUAUUCAUUGGAAAGUAUCGAAUCUAUUGUUCAAAUUGUAGCAAAAAAAUACUGAAUAGCUAUUUGCAUUUGAAUGUGGGCUAGUGCAGUAAAUAUAUUUAGUUUCUUAGUUACAUAAUCAACAACUAGCAUGUCCGAUCUACAUUUUUACUAUAUGGAUAAAAGUUCCACAUCACGCGGCGUUUGGACCGUGUUGGAAUUGCUUGAAUUGAAAUACACAGAACAUUACAUUGAUUUAAUAAAUGGGGAGCAUAAAACGGAAUCUUAUGCAAAAAUCAAUCCGAGGCAACUGGUUCCAGCACUGAUUGACGGAGAACUCCACUUAUCUGAGAGUCGAGUUAUUGCAACUUAUCUUGUGAGUAAAUACGGAACACAAUGUGGACAACAACAACUUUAUCCAACGGACGUGGAAAAAAGAGCAUUGGUUGACAAACAUCUUUAUAUUGGGCUAGAUGUAUCAGAUGCGAUCGGUGCCUUUGUGAAUAUUCACGACGUGAUGCUAGCGGGAGGUCAAACAAAUUCAAAAAAGUUAACUGAUGUUGAGAAAUUUCUUAUUUUGAUCGAAUCAAAUUUGACUGAGAGUCCUUACGUAGCUUUGAAGCAUUUAACGUUGGCUGACAUUUUCUACUAUAUUGCGAUACAACUAUUAACAUUGACCAAUUGGGACUAUUGGAAUAAAUAUCCAAACAUAUUGGAAUGGAAAAAGAAAGUUGAAGCGAUUCCAUGCUACAAAAAAACCUUGGGUUCACCAGUUGAUGACUUCCGAAUCGUUUAUCAGAAAGCUCUUGAAAAAAAUCAGAGGACAAGUAAGGAAGAAAAGAACGAAUGUAUUAGCAUAAAUGCAAAUUUGUAAAUUGAAUAUUGAAAUCAUACAAAAAAAAUCGAGUCUCUACAAUACAAAG